AUGUCCAGUCAAAAAUCUAGUGUACUCAGAACUUACAAAGUUAACGGACGAGAGUUCAGAGGAGUUUAUUUUAGAGCAGUUACUGUGACAAAAUCUAAUCCGAUUGGAAGUCUGAGAAAAGGAAAGAGCUUAUCAUACACAAGAAUGAGAGAAAUACUCCUAGAAGAGCUGGAAAGUAUCGGUUUAGAAAAAUCAAAGUUUGGCCUACAUAGCCCUAGAUCCGGUGGUGCAACAGCGGCUGCAAAUGGGGGAGUCGCAGACAGGCUAUUCAAACGACAUGGGUGUUGGAAAUCGGAAUCAGCCAAAGAUGGACACGUGCAAGAUGAUCUCAACUCGUUACUUUCAGUCUCAAAAGCAUUAGGUUUUUAA